UCCGGGUCCUACUCUCGGUGCAGCACCCCAGGACUGUGGCUCAGUGCACGCCCAGUGGCCGGGUCGGGGCAGCGAUGGGGGCUGUGCAGCUGCCCCAGGAGGGGGACCGGCUGCUCUACUGGGGGGCUGGCGUCGUCACUCUGCUCUUCACGCUGCUGGCAGCCUUCACGUUCCGCCUGCUGCCGGAUUACCUGGGGAAGUGGAAGGCGCUGAAGCCGAUUCCGGGGCUCAGCCCCUGUUACCCGCUGCUGGGAAAUGCUCUGCUCUUCGAGCGCAAAGGGGAAGAUUUCUUUAAACAAAUGGUAGACAAAUCUGAAGAAUACAAAAAUCUACCACUGCUAAAAAUUUGGAUAGGACCAUUGCCUUUUGUGAUUUUAUAUCAUCCAGAUGCUGUAGAGGUUGUUCUGAACAGUUCAAAGCACAUAGAAAAAUCUUUUCUGUACAAAUUUCUACAUCCAUGGCUUGGCACAGGACUUCUGACAAGCACUGGAGAUAAGUGGCGUUCCAGAAGGAAAAUGAUAACUCCCACGUUCCACUUCACAAUCUUAGCUGAUUUUCUAGAAGUUAUGAACGAACAAGCCAGUAUUUUGGUUGAUAAACUUGAAAAGCAUGUUGACAAAGAGCCCUUUGAUUGCUUUCUAGACAUCACUCUCUGUGCCCUGGAUAUAAUUUGUGAAACUGCAAUGGGCAAGAAUGUUGAUGCGCAGAACAAUAGGGAUUCUGAAUAUGUCCGUGCUAUUUAUAAGUUAUUGAAGAAAAAAGCCCAUGAAAUAAAGAACCACACACAACAUAAAGAUGACUUUGAUGACAACUGUGAACAAAGUGGGCCCAAAAGGAGAAGGGCUUUUCUUGAUAUGCUUCUCAAUGCAACUGAUGAUGAAGGGAACAAACUGAGCUACAUGGAUAUUCGAGAAGAAGUGGAUACUUUCAUGUUUGAGGGGCAUGAUACAACAGCUGCUUCUAUGAGCUGGGCCAUCUACUUACUUGGAUGUCAUCCAGAAGCCCAGAAGAAAGUUCACAGAGAAUUGGAUGAAGUGUUUGGGAACUCUGACCGGCCUGUCACAAUGGAUGACCUUAAGAAGCUCCGGUAUCUUGAGUGUGUCAUUAAAGAAGCCCUUCGUCUCUUCCCUUCUGUUCCAUCCUUUGCCCGCACCACAAGUGAAGAUUGCCAUAUUAGAGGAUUUAAGAUACCAAAAGGUACAGAGGUAGUCAUUGUUACUUAUGCACUGAACAGAGAUCCAGAGGUUUUCCCAGAUCCUGAGGAAUUCAGGCCUGAGCGAUUCUUCCCUGAGAAUUCUAGUGGAAGGCAUAUAUAUGCGUAUGUGCCCUUCUCUGCUGGAUCCAGAAACUGCAUUGGUACGUAG